AUGUUAGAACGAAGAGUCAAUAAGUCUGGCCACAGGUUGGACAGCGGCUCCCCGUUCUGGAGGAUUCAGCUCGACCAGGAUCUUCUGGACACCAUCAGCGCGAUAUACCCGGAGUGGUUUAAGGACUACACUAACGCCCGUGCCACGACCUCAUCUACGUCGAGCACUUCCGGCGGCGGUCAGUUGAACACCGAGGGCAGCAUAGCCGUCGACUCCAGCACCGUCCUUGAGCACAAGGUCGCCAAAGGUGAUCCCAAAUCGAAGUCCAAGGCGAAGAAGGCGGACAGCCUCAAGGACAAGGGAGAGAGGGACAGGAAGGAAGCCAGGCGCGAAUCCAAAGACGAGAGGGACGCUGGAAACGGUAAGAAAGGGACGAAGCCCUCGCCGCAGCAGGAUAAAGCGGCGGACGUGGCGGCGGGAAGGAAGACCGCGGGUGGUGGUGUUCCAGGAUCAGCGAGCAGCGGAGGCGCGGAGAUGGCCGAGGGUAAUCAGUCCCCGCCGAAGGCGGAGGUCGACGACUCGCCCCUUCAACACGCCAUGGAUCGCAACAAGGAAUCGCUGAAGGUGAAGCUUAUGCUGAGGCGGCCGAUCAACCAGCUGGUCGCGCAAGGCAUUAUGCCACCUCUGAAGACACCGCCAGCGUUCCACGAGCAACGAAAGCAACUGGAACGGGCGAAGACCGGGGAUCUGCUGAAGGCGAAGAUCCAGCAGAGACCAGGCAGGGAGGAGCUGGUCAGGCAGCACAUCCUCGAGGAUGUAGGUCACGUGGAUCCAAGCCUGGCGGAGAGGCAGCGUAUGCUGAAGAAGGCCAGGCUAGCCGACCAACUGAACGACCAGCUAAGUCAUCGACCUGGACCGCUCGAGCUCAUCCAGAAAAAUAUUCUCCACACGGAGGAGCCCAUUGAAAGGGCGGUCAAAGAGGGCCACAUUCCCUUCAAGGCCACCUGCGAGGGCCAAGUAAUGAAACCCCAGCACCCGGACCACUACAUCACCUUCGAGGACGAUUCCCAAAGCUCCGAGGGCGCGCCGUCGCCGCAGCUGGAGUCCCGAUCGGACGUUCUCGAAACGGCGGCCGCCUCCGCGGGGAUCGUUACCGUUUCGCUUAGUAUUCCGACGACCGGCGGUGCCGUGGUCGUCUCCUCCACAUCACCGGUCUUCCAGCAGGCGGCGAACGAGCCGACGAUACAAACGUUCGCUGAGCUCUGCAAUACCGUGGUCGGUACGCAGCAGCCGCCGCAACAGCAUCAACAAUCCCAACAACAACAGGCUCAGCAGCACAGUCAACAGCAUGCUUCGACGCAGGCGAGUCAGACGAACGGUCCAUCGACGACCCUCCUUCCACUGGCGCCGGCGCCCAGUCCGAUGUCCUUGGGCUCGACGACGUCCAGCCUGAGUCCCCUUUCGAAUAUCUCGAUAGCGUCGCCCCCGGCACCACCGCCGGCCGCCAUCACCCCGAGACCCCAACCGAGCCCGAUCGCCGCGUCCACGUGUCAGAGGAGCGACGCGCCCGGGAAGGAUAAGAACAGGAAGAAGUCGAAGACCAAGAGCCAACCGAAAACCCGCACCAUCAAGUUUCACGAGUACAAGGGCCCGCCAAACGCGCAGAAGACAUCGGUGUCGUCGACGACUUCCGGUCUCGGCUCGGCGCCGCCUGGCGAGACCAGCUACGAGCUACUCCUCCAACAGCAGCAGCUCUUCCUCCAGUGGCAGCUCGAAUGGCAGCACAAGUAUCCUCAGAUCAUCCUACCAGCGGCCCAGAAACCGUUGUCUUUGAACAGUAGCGGCGCCAGCGAUGCUGGAAGCAUCAGCGGAAGUAGCGCGAACGCUCCCAGCCCAGCGCCCUCGAAUUCCUCGAACAACCCCUCGGAACAGCCGCCGUUGAGGCCUUUGGGCAAGCUGGAGGAGAUGAAAGUAAGCGAUCUCAAAGUGGAACUGAAGCGCCGAAACUUGCCGGUGUCUGGCUCGAAGCCACAACUGAUCGAGAGAUUAAAACCGUUCACGGAAUUAUCUAGCGGUAACUCGACGUCUAGCUCGAAUGGACCGCACGUGACGCACAUGGGCCACAUAUUGAUGGACACCCCAGGGCCAGUGACAUCGGACGAUUCUAGCUCCCAUGCCAAGAGUCCCGGCUCGGCCAUUAAAGACGAGCCGAACAGUCCACGGAUAGAUUCUCCGCAUGGCAGCGAACACGACGAUCCGUCGAGCCCGCCAGGCGACGACAUAAUCAAAGAGCAGAGAAAACGGAUAGAGGAGCUGCAACGCGAGCUGUACAAGUCCCAGCAGCAACUUCAACAGAUCCGUCAGACUCAACCGACCACCGUUCACGCCGAGAAACUGGUGCUCCAACAACACAUACAGAACAAGAUGCAGCAACAACAACUGGCAUUGCAUCUCCAACAUCUGCAGCACUUGCAACAGCAACAACAACAGCAGCAGCAACAACAGCAGCAACAGCAGAAUCAGCAGCAAUCUCAACAGCAGUCGCAGCAACAGCACGCGGCGUUCCAACAGCUGAACGCGAAGGCGAGUCUCGCGGCAUACUUACAGGCGCAGCCGAACAACACUGCCGCGAUAUUGGAUUCCUCGACUUUGACCGCGAUCAACAACAAGAAGAAUCAAGCCAAGAACAGCGCUACCGUCCAAAUCCCCACCGCGAUCGUUCUGAACCUUGCUAAACCUGCGAAAUUAAAUGGUUCCCUGCUUGGUGCUCUGGUGGCCCAGGCGCAAGCUCAGCAGCAGCAGCAACAACAACAGCAACAACAACAGCAGCAACAGACUGUUGUGUCCGAGGAAGGAAAGCCUCCACCUCCUCAGUAUGACGAAGCUGCGAAACUUCUGAAGGUAAAAAUCGAGCCAGUACAGAAGAACCACAUCAAAAGCCAAGUCGUGGAUGACGUGCUGGAGAUCCUCAUAAAGAACGGCGAGCUACCUCCGAGCGCCGCUCAGGAUCCAGCGACUCCGACCACCCCGAACAGGCAGCUCCAGCAGAAUCUGGUGUUCACGGCGCCGGCGGACAGCCAGUCACACUCGUUGGUAUUCGCCGCCGCCAGCCCGAUCAGCCCGAUCAGCCCGAUAGCGAUGGAGGUCUCCCAAAGUGAUUGCGUGAGUUCUCCGGCACCGGCACCGCCGCCACCGCCCCCGUUGCCUUUGGCGACGUUCUCCAUUCAACUGCCCAGUGCAUUGCAACAGUUACAGCAGCAAGAGGAAAUGACGUCGUUCAAUACGGACCUGUUGACCUCGGAGGCUGAACUGGACACCGCGAUGCUUCUCAGCCCGCAGUCUACCCAACAAGCAUCGCCGGAUCCUCAACCGCCGCAGGAGGUCACGUCUUCGGAUAACGCGAACUUAGAUCUUAAGGAACUUGGACUAGACCUAGAGACCCUGGACACCAUGGACUUCGGUCAGCUAGAAUGCGAUCUAGGCGUUAAGAUGGAGGCACCCCAGGAGUUGAUGGACAUCGGAGACAUGCCCAUGGACAUGGACGACUCGGACUGGUUGGAUUCUCUGAUGCCUCAGUCACCUCCGUCGGGUUCCACGACGAUGUCGAAUCAUCAGCCAGCCUCAUCGAUGAGUCUGUCGUCCGGAACGGAUAUCUACGAUCCGUUGCUGGCCAGCAGCCAAGACCCGUUCGAUCUCUUCAACAUGGAGGACACCGACUUCAAGAUGUCCUCCGAUCUGUCGUUGACGUGGGACAAAGUCGACUUCGCGACCUAG